AUGGAGCCCCGCAGCAUGGAGUACUUCAGCGCCCAGGUGCAGCAGAAGGACGUGGGCGGCCGGCUGCAGGUCGGCCAGGAGCUCUUGCUCUACCUCGGCGCCCCCGGCGCCAUCCCGGACCUGGACGAGGACCUGGGCCGCCUGGGCAAGACCAUCGACGCGCUCACUGGUUGGGUGGGCUCGAGCAACUACCGGGUAUCAUUAAUGGGAUUGGAAAUUUUAAGUGCCUUUGUGGACAGAUUAUCAACACGAUUUAAAUCCUUUGUAAAAAUGGUGAUUGUAGCUUUAAUAGACCGAAUGGGAGAUGCCAAAGACAAGGUUCGAGAUGAAGCUCAGACUCUGAUAUUGAAGUUGAUGGAUCAAGUAGCGCCACCUAUGUACAUUUGGGAGCAGUUGGCUUCUGGUUUUAAGCACAAGAAUUUUCGAUCUCGAGAAGGUGUUUGCCUGUGUCUUAUUGAAACUUUAAACAUUUUUGGGGCUCAGCCACUAGUCAUCAGCAAGCUGGUACCACAUUUGUGUAUCCUAUUUGGAGAUUCCAACAGUCAGGUGAGAGAUGCUGCAAUAUUGGCUAUAGUGGAGAUUUAUAGACAUGUGGGAGACAAAGUGAGAGUGGAUCUUUAUAAGAGAGGAAUUCCCCCUGCUAGAUUAGAAAUGAUAUUUUCCAAAUUUGAUGAAGUGCAACGUUCAGGUGGUAUGAUUUUAAGUGUCUGCAAAGAUAAAAGCUUCGAUGAUGAAGAAUCAGUGGAUGGAAAUAGGCCAUCAUCAGCUGCUUCAGCCUUCAAGGUUCCUGCACCUAAAACAUCCGGAAAUCCUGUCAACAGUGCAAGGAAGCCUGGUUCAGCAGGUGGCCCUAAGGUUGGAGCAGGUGCUUCUAAGGAAGGAGGUGCUGGAGCAGUUGAUGAAGAUGAUUUUAUAAAAGCUUUUACAGAUGUCCCUUCUGUUCAGAUCUAUUCUAGUCGAGAACUUGAAGAAACAUUGAAUAAAAUCAGGGAAAUUUUGUCAGAUGACAAACAUGACUGGGAUCAGCGCGCCAAUGCACUUAAGAAAAUCCGAUCGCUGCUCGUUGCUGGAGCGGCACAGUAUGACUGCUUUUUCCAGCAUUUACGCUUGUUGGAUGGAGCACUUAAACUUUCAGCAAAGGACCUUAGGUCCCAGGUGGUUAGAGAAGCUUGCAUUACUGUAGCCCAUCUUUCAACAGUUUUGGGAAACAAGUUCGAUCAUGGCGCAGAAGCCAUUGUACCUACACUUUUUAAUCUUGUCCCCAAUAGUGCAAAAGUCAUGGCAACUUCUGGAUGUGCAGCAAUCAGAUUCAUCAUUCGGCAUACUCAUGUACCUAGACUUAUACCUUUAAUAACAAGCAACUGCACAUCUAAAUCAGUUCCUGUGAGGAGGCGUUCAUUUGAAUUUUUAGACCUGCUGUUACAAGAGUGGCAGACUCAUUCAUUGGAAAGACAUGCAGCUGUCUUGGUUGAAACUAUUAAAAAGGGAAUUCACGAUGCCGAUGCUGAGGCCAGAGUGGAGGCAAGAAAGACAUAUAUGGGUCUUAGAAACCACUUUCCUGGUGAAGCCGAAACGUUGUAUAAUUCCCUCGAGCCCUCUUAUCAGAAGAGUCUUCAAACUUACUUGAAGAGUUCUGGCAGUGUAGCCUCUCUUCCACAGUCAGACAGGUCCUCCUCUAGCUCACAAGAAAGUCUCAAUCGCCCUUUUUCUUCCAAAUGGUCUACAGCAAACCCGUCAGCUGUGGCUGGGAGAGUAUCAGCAAGCAGUAGCAAAGCCGGUUCCCUUCCAGGAAGCCUGCAGCGUUCGCGGAGCGACAUCGACGUGAAUGCCGCCGCUGGUGCCAAGGCACAUCAUGCUGCGGGGCAGGCCGUGCGGAGUGGGCGCUUAGGUGCCGGAGCCCUGAAUCCGGGUUCCUAUGCCUCGCUAGAGGAUACUUCUGACAAGAUGGAUGGAACAGCAUCUGAAGAUGGUCGCGUGAGAGCAAAGCUUUCAGCACCACUUUCUGGCAUGGGAAAUGCCAAGACAGAUUCUAGAGGGAGGAGUCGCACAAAGAUGGUGUCUCAGUCACAGCGUUCAUCAUCACCUGACAAAAAUGAAGGAUCACAAUCUGCUAAUACCAUUGGUGCUGGAAGCCGGUCCGGGUCUCCAGGAAGAGUUCUGACCACAACAGCCCUUUCCACUGUGAGCUCUGGUGUCCAAAGAGUCCUGGUCAAUUCAGCCUCAGCGCAGAAGAGAAGCAAGAUUCCACGGAGUCAGGGCUGUAGCCGAGAGGCUAGUCCAUCAAGGCUUUCAGUGGCCCGCAGCAGUCGCAUUCCCCGACCCAGCGUGAGUCAAGGGUGCAGCCGGGAAGCCAGUCGGGAAAGCAGCAGGGACACGAGUCCCGUUCGCUCUUUUCAGCCCCUCGCCUCCAGACACCAUUCCAGAUCUACUGGUGCCCUCUACGCCCCCGAUGUGUACGGGGCCUCAGGUCCUGGGUAUGGAAUCAGCCAAUCAAGCCGCCUGUCAUCUUCUGUCAGUGCCAUGCGAGUCCUGAACACAGGCUCUGAUGUGGAGGAAGCAGUAGCAGAUGCCUUGCUCUUAGGAGACAUACGGACUAAGAAAAAACCUGCUCGAAGAAGAUACGAAUCGUACGGAAUGCACUCAGACGACGAUGCCAACAGCGAUGCCUCUAGUGCGUGCUCAGAACGUUCCUACAGCUCUCGGAAUGGCAGUAUUCCUACGUACAUGCGGCAGACGGAAGACGUGGCGGAAGUCCUCAAUCGGUGUGCGAGUUCCAAUUGGUCAGAAAGGAAGGAAGGCCUCCUGGGUCUGCAGAACUUAUUAAAAAACCAGAGGACACUCAGUCGAGUUGAACUGAAAAGAUUAUGUGAAAUUUUCACCAGAAUGUUUGCUGAUCCUCAUGGCAAGAGAGUGUUCAGCAUGUUCUUGGAGACACUGGUAGAUUUCAUACAAGUCCACAAAGAUGAUCUUCAAGACUGGUUGUUUGUACUGUUGACACAACUACUAAAAAAAAUGGGUGCUGAUUUGCUUGGGUCUGUUCAGGCAAAAGUUCAGAAAGCCCUUGAUGUUACAAGAGAAUCUUUUCCAAAUGAUCUUCAGUUCAAUAUUCUAAUGAGAUUUACAGUUGAUCAGACCCAAACGCCAAGCUUAAAGGUGAAGGUUGCUAUCCUUAAAUACAUAGAAACUCUGGCAAAACAGAUGGAUCCUGGAGAUUUUAUAAAUUCCAGUGAAACUCGCCUGGCAGUGUCUCGGGUCAUCACUUGGACGACAGAACCCAAAAGUUCUGAUGUUCGGAAGGCAGCACAAUCAGUGCUGAUUUCUUUAUUUGAACUCAAUACCCCAGAGUUUACAAUGUUAUUAGGAGCUUUACCAAAAACUUUUCAGGAUGGUGCUACCAAGCUUCUUCACAAUCACCUUCGAAACACUGGCAAUGGAACCCAGAGUUCUAUGGGAAGCCCUUUGACAAGACCAACACCACGAUCACCAGCCAAUUGGUCCAGCCCCCUUACUUCUCCUACCAAUACAUCACAAAAUACUUUAUCUCCAAGUGCAUUUGAUUAUGACACAGAAAAUAUGAACUCUGAAGAUAUAUAUAGCUCUCUUAGAGGUGUCACUGAAGCGAUCCAGAAUUUUAGCUUCCGUAGUCAAGAAGAUAUGAAUGAGCCAUUGAAAAGGGAUUCUAAAAAAGAGGAUGGUGAUUCAAUGUGUGGUGGACCUGGGAUGUCUGACCCAAGAGCAGGAGGCGAUGCCACUGACUCAAGCCAAACAGCUCUUGAUAACAAAGCAUCAUUGCUACACUCGAUGCCAGCUCACUCCUCCCCACGUUCCCGAGACUAUAAUCCGUAUAACUAUUCAGAUGCCAUCAGCCCCUUCAACAAGUCUGCCCUCAAGGAAGCCAUGUUUGACGACGAUGCUGACCAGUUUCCUGAUGAUCUGUCCCUAGAUCAUUCCGACCUGGUUGCAGAGUUGCUAAAGGAGCUGUCCAAUCAUAAUGAACGUGUAGAAGAAAGGAAAAUCGCCCUCUAUGAGCUCAUGAAACUGACACAGGAAGAAUCUUUCAGUGUUUGGGAUGAACACUUCAAAACAAUAUUACUUUUAUUGCUUGAAACCCUUGGGGAUAAAGAGCCUACUAUCAGGGCUUUGGCAUUAAAGGUUUUAAGAGAAAUCCUAAGACACCAACCAGCAAGAUUUAAAAACUAUGCAGAGCUGACUGUCAUGAAAACCUUGGAAGCACAUAAAGAUCCUCAUAAGGAGGUGGUGAGAUCUGCUGAGGAAGCUGCAUCAGUGUUGGCCACUUCAAUUAGUCCGGAGCAGUGCAUCAAAGUGCUUUGUCCUAUCAUCCAAACUGCGGAUUACCCAAUUAAUCUAGCUGCAAUCAAAAGUCAAACAAAAGUGAUAGAAAGAUUGUCCAAGGAAACCCUUAACCUGCUUUUGCCGGAGAUUAUGCCAGGCCUAAUACAGGGUUAUGACAAUUCCGAGAGCAGUGUUCGGAAAGCUUGCGUCUUCUGCCUCGUGGCUGUCCAUGCGGUCAUCGGGGAUGAACUGAAGCCACAUCUCAGUCAGCUCACUGGCAGUAAGAUGAAGCUACUGAAUCUUUACAUCAAACGGGCACAGACAGGUUCUGGAGGAGCUGACCCCACUACUGAUGUUUCUGGACAAAGUUAGUGAUGCUCAUGAAGUGAACCAGGUCUCAUGGAAAGGACAGAUAGACCACCCUCAUCAAUGAAAGGAAAUUCUCAAAUCCAUCUUUUGGAACUUAACCAUUGUUUCCCAGUUUUCGUUUUCAUUUUGUUUUGUUUCGUAUUUUCUGUAACAGAGGGCUCUCCUCAGUCUGCAUGUGACUUUUAUGAUAGUUAUUCCAAAUUCAAGGAGAAGCAGUAUUAACAUGAAUUGAUCAAUACGAGUACUUUUUAAUCUAAGUCAUCAUUUCACAUGUUUGUACUUCUUUGUCUUCCCAUUAACCUUUGCCAGUGUUAUGAUUGUAUAAAUUUUUUUAAAUGCUGGUUAAACAGGAAUGCUUAAAGCUUUAAAAGUUCAACGGUCUAAAACAUUUUCUUUGCCUUUAUUCAACUGCAGAAUAAUAUUUUUACUGCUCCUUUCAGUUUUGUUCUGUAUCAUGUCCUAUGCUAGAAAUACUGAAAUGAUGUGAAACAAAGCAGGACUAAUUUGAACUUCGCUGAACGCUGUUGAUGUGAUGGUGGUACAUGUCAUUAGUUGCGACUUCUUUGAGGUGACCUGUAGUUUGAAACUAACGCCUCUAAGAGCAAUGUUACAGAAUCAGCCAGUUCUGUAAAUCUGAUAUUGUUUGUUGGUUAUUGAUCUUGCCAUCUUUAUUUAAAACCAUGUCCCUUCUAUGAUUCCUUAAGAAAGCUGCACCAAAUCAUAUGCCUGUGUUUUUUUUUGUUGUUGAUAAAUAGAAGGUUUCAUGGCAGGGUUUUUUGGUUUAUCUUUGUUGUGAAUGAUGCUUUUUUUUUUAAUAUUUAUUAAUAUCAAAUUCACUUAUGAACAAACUUGAUAAUGGAAACAGACAAAAAAAAAUCAAGUGCAUGUAUGUCCUUGACCGUCUUCUGUUUCUCAUUUAAUAAUUAAAAAAAAAUUUAAAAACUAAUUAUUGAGACAUGGGAAUUGACCGGCACCUUUUCUUGAAACGGUGGAACCUGGUUUCCUUUUACCGUGAAAUUGUCUUACUUGAAAACAUUGAUCCUGAUGAGCGAGAAGAUGGUGCCAAGGCUAUCUUGUAGAAUGGACUCAAAUUCUCUA